UUUUAAAUGUUAGAAGACAAUCUGAAGAACAGAAUUGAGAAAGAAAGGGACACAGAUCUUACAAAGGAUCAAGGUAUAUCAUCUGAAAAUGAAAUUUUUUAUACUUCUUGGACUCAUAGGAGCUACAACAGCAGCUCCGCUUGUGUCACAGCGCCUAUUGUCUGCUAGCAACAGUCAUGAGUUACUCCUGAGUCUGAAUAAUGGUCGACUUUUGCCACUGCAAUUUCAGGGUGCAUUUAACCCCUGGGUGCCUCCCUUCCCUGGGUUUCUGCAGCAGCAACAGCAGCAGCAACAGCAGCAAGCUCAAGUCCCAGGACUCCCACAGAUCCCACUCUCAACACUAGAGAGCUUUGCUGGGCUAUUCACAAAUCAGAUGCCUUUCUCAGGACAGACUGGGUUUGCUCAAGGAGGUCAGGCUGGUCAACUAGAUCUCGCACAGCCACAGACACCACCCCAGAGCCAACAGGUUGCUAACCUUAUGUCCUAUGUGGUUCCCUUCAGAGGGCCUCAAGAUCAAACACAGAUGUUUGGGUACUACCCAGUUUACAUGCUUCUUCCCUGGGAGCAACCUCAACAAACGGUCACAUCAUCGCCCCAGCAAACAGGACCACAGCUCUUUGAGGAACAGAUUCCAUUCUAUAAUCAAUUUGGAUAUGUACCACAACAAGCAGAACCUGAUGUACAAGGAGGACAGCAGCAUUUAGCUUUUGGCACCUUUGUAGGCACAGCUCCUGAAAAUCCUGGGAUGCCAACAGAAGGAGGGCCGCUGUAUUCCCAAAGGGAACCAGUCAACUUUAAGCUUGACAAUGCAGGAGUUUUUAUGCCUGCAACUUCACCAAAACCCAACAUUGACCAUGUUUUCACAUCUGCAAUAGACUCAACCAUUGCACCAGUACUUCCAGAACAGAAGGCCAAGACUGAUGACAUAAGAGAACCUUAAGACAUUGUUUUAAUCAAUUUUUGGAAGAAGAUGUGAUGGUACCUUGGCUAUCUUUUAGAUAAUUUUCUUUUUCUGCGCUAAUGGAUAUUUGUUUAAUGGUAUAAAACUUCUUCACUAGUCUCCUAGUUUUUCUUUACUUAUUAUACUUUUCACGUCACAAAAAAAAAGAACUCACCAUGUAGUAAGUUCUAUCGUUAAAUGGCUAUUUUUUCAAAGAUUCUAUUAUUACGAUUAUAUAAUCUCAAAAAUAGCAAUACUAAAAGA